AUGAAGACGGUGGUAGGGAUGGUGGUUUCCAAUAAGAUGCAGAAGUCGGUGGUGGUGGCAGUGGACAGGCUGUUCCAUCACAAGCUCUACAACCGAUACGUGAAGAGGACCUCCAAGUUCAUGGCCCAUGACGAGCAGAAUCAUUGCAACAUCGGUGACCGAGUUCGAUUGGAUCCAUCGAGGCCUCUGAGCAAGCGCAAGCAUUGGGUUGUGGCUGAAAUCCUCACGAAAGCACGCAUCUACCAGCCUCCUGUACCAUCAGAUGCACCUCCAGCUUCAACACAGACUACGUCUUAA